AUGGUCAAAAAAAAACAAAAACUGGGAGGUAAUGGAGCGGAGGCAAAAAGGCUAAAGUGUAUUAAUGCUGAACAAUUUGAUAAGGACAAGACUAUUGAAGCAUUUUUAACGAUGCCCGAAAACAAAUAA